GUGGACUCACAGUCUGGAAACCAAACCCUCUAAUCCAGUUAGUAGACGGAAGGGAGGCUGAUGGCAUUUCUAAUAUCCUGAUUGCAUCCAUCUUUGUCUGUUUGUUUUUUAUGCUUCUUAUGUUGCUAUCACAUUCUUGAGAAGGUCAGGUAAUAAGCUGCCAACCAACAUUCAAGAGUUGGAAAGUUAUAAAAGUAAGUGACCUACAUUGUUUGAGUAACCUGUAAGCAAAACAAAGUUCAAGAUCUUGAGGUAGUCCUUCAUUGCUUUUCACAUUUCUCAAAAGGAAUAUGUUGACAGAGGCAAUUGCAGUGUUGGGGAUGUGUGUUGUGUUAUGGGCAUAUCAGGCCAUUAUUAGGCCUCCCCCACCCAAGAUAUGUGGGUCCAAAAAGGGGCCACCAAUAACUUCGCCAAGAAUCAAGCUUAGUGAUGGAAGGCAUUUGGCUUACAAGGAGAGAGGUGUUCCCAAGGAAAAUGCACAGUUCAAAGUCAUUGUUGUUCAUGGCUUUGACAGUUCCAAGGACCUUUACUUGCCAAUUUCUCAGGAACUGAUGGAUGAGUUGGGCAUAUAUGUUGUAACAUACGACAGAGCUGGGUAUGGAGAGAGUGAUCCGAACCCAAAACGCUCAGUGAAGAGCGAAGCAUACGACCUUCAAGAACUAGCUGACAACUUACAUUUGGGACCUAAGUUUCAUGUGAUCGGCGUUUCCAUUGGAACUUACACCACUUGGGCUUGCCUCAAAUACAUACCCCACAGGCUAGCUGGUGUAGGUCUAAUAGUUCCAGCGAUCAAUUUUUGGUGGCCUUCAUUCCCUCUUCAACUGUGCUCAGAUGAGUACAAGAAACAACCUAUGAAGGACCAGUGGAAACUUAGGGUUGCACACUAUGCUCCUGGAUUGCUGUAUUGGUGGAUGACACAGAAAUGGUUCCCUUCUUGCUCAAUCAUGGCAAGGGACCCUCUGAUUUUUGCCAAAAGAGACUUUGAUAUCUUGAAGAAAAUGUUGGAAGUCCCUAAUCCUGAUGAGCAUAAGAUACGACAGCAAGGCGAACACGAGUCUCUGUACCGAGACUUGAUGAUAGGUUUUGGCAACUGGGAAUUCGAUCCAAUGGAACUCAAAAACCCAUUUCCUGACAGUGAAGGUUGUGUUCAAAUAUGGCAAGGCUAUCAAGACACUCUGGUUCCAUUUCAGCUUCAAAGAUUUCUUGCAAAAAAGCUUCCAUGGAUCAAGUACUACGAAGUCCCUGAUGGAGGGCACUUGAUCAUUCAUGACAAUGGUCUAUGCAAUACCAUAUUCAAGACCCUUUUGCUCAAAGAAGAACCCAUCAUCAUAUAGUCUCUAAGUGUUGGUUUGAAUUUGUUUUGUUAUUGUUUUUCUAAAUUUCUCUGUUUUUGGCUUGAGAAAGAGAAGGUUUAAGAAUAUUUUCCAAAUCUGUUUUUGGAUUAUGGAGUUGUGUUUGAGAAGAGAAAGAAACUGAAAUAAAAGAUGUGAAAUUCAAGAUUUGGGCGUACCAUAAAGCCAAAACACCUUAUUUGGUUGAGUUUUCAAAGGUUUCUUGCGAAGAAGUUGCCAUGGAUCAAGUACUACAAAAUUUUCACUUAUUCAACUGCGAAACAAAAAAGGUCUCACUUUGAA